CUGCUCAGCACUCAGCUUUCCCCAAGUGCCCGUCUUCAAUCACUUACUUCACUGUCCUCGCUGCGACUCUUUUGUGCUUCCAUUCUACUUCCUCUUCCUCCACCUACAUCGUCGAUAGCGCCAGGCUCUCUUCAUCCUAGCCUUGGUUACUCGACGAAUCUCAUUGUGCUCGCCUCGUCCCUGACUUGCAUAAACAAGCUUCCGUUACAGCUUUCCGACCGACCUCCGUUGCGAAACAUUCUUCCGAAUACCUCCUCAAAAUCCACAUAGUCAUGGCUGAUCAUCAGCCCCCGGCGCAGCCGUCUGUAGACCCUGCUGAGACUACCGCUCCGAUAGCCUCUGGUCAGCACAAUGGUGUCCAAGGAGCCGGUCAGGGUCCUCAAAUCAUUAGCACAUCUGGUCAGGUUGACGUUCUUUGCGGGCCAUUGAUCAAUUACAAGCAUAUGAGUGGUACGGGAACCGCGAAUCCGACCUGGCACGGCAGCGUUCUCAUCGUUACGAAGCCUGGUACACCUACGCCGAGCUUAAGCUUGCACUGUCUAGGUGCUGUACCUGGUGGUAUCGGGGCCAGCAACACAUCUGAUUCCAGCUCAGGCUCGCGCACCUACGAGGGAGUCAAGCUGUAUGAGGACCCAGGCAAGGCAUUCUUUCGCUUCGUUAUCGACGUGCCUUUUCAGGCAUACGAGGCGCAAUGGGAGUACACUAUAGCCUCCCUGGAGCCGCAAAUAUUUAUGGUCCCUGCGAUUAGCCAGUCCAUGAGAAUCAUGUUCCACUCGUGUAACGGUUUCUCCGUCGGUACUGAUGUUGAUGCUUGGUCCGGUCCAGCUCUCUGGAACGAUGUCCUGCGCAUGCACGCUCAGAGGCCGUUCCACGUUAUGAUCGGAGGAGGAGAUCAAAUCUACAACGAUGGGGUGCGAGUAGAUGGACCGUUGAAGCCAUGGACAGACAUCCACAAUCCCAGGAAACGACGCGAUUACCCAUUUACUGAAAAGCUCCGCGAAGAGUGCGACGAGUACUACUUCCAGAACUACAUAAGGUGGUAUGGAACUGCUCCAUUCUCUACGGCCAAUGGCAAGAUUCCUCAAUUGAACAUAUGGGACGACCAUGAUAUCAUUGACGGAUUCGGUUCCUACACGGACCAUUUCAUGAAGGCCCCUGUCUUUCGAGGCAUUGGUGGUGUAGCUCAUAAAUACUACCUACUCUUCCAGCAUCACGUUGCCCCUCCCAAGAGUACAUUUACAACAGACGCACCCAAGACCGUCAAAGGCGAUACUGAAGGUGUUGUUGGUACUGAUGCUGUACAGCUGAAGGACACUUUCGUACUGGAAGAGACUGAGGAGGAUCCAUCCUACAUAAUUGGUGGCAAGCCCGGUCCGUAUGUAGCCGAGAAGAGUCGGUCUAUCUAUUGCCAACUCGGUGCCAGAAUUGCAUUCGCUGGGCUUGAUGCCCGUAUUGAGCGAACGCGUCACCAAAUCAACUAUCCGGAGACUUACAAAAUGAUCUUCGACACGAUCUCAAGAGAGCUAUCUGCCGCACCUGAUGUCAAGCAUCUAGUUCUUCUACUCGGUGUGCCCAUUGCAUACCCACGACUCCAGUGGCUCGAGAACAUCCUUUCUUCCCCGGUGAUCGCGCCAAUCCGUUUGUUGAACAAGCGCUUUGGUAUUGCUGGUGGACUCUUUAACAAGUUCGACGGCAACGUCGAUCUCCUCGACGACCUCGACGACCACUACACCGCCCAUCAGCACAAGCACGAGCGCAAGGAACUCAUACACCGCCUGCAAGAGCUCUCUAAACAACACUCCGUCCGCGUCUCCAUUCUUGGUGGCGAUGUUCAUCUCGCUGCCAUCGGCCGCUUCUUCUCCAACCCUAAACAACAGAUCCCAGCCGAACGCGACUACCGCUACAUGCCCAACAUCAUCUCCUCGGCCAUCACGAACAAGCCACCACCACAGGCAGUCGCCAAUCUACUUGCUCGCCGCAACAAGAUCCACCAUCUCGAUCACGAGACUGAUGAGACUCUGCUCGAGAUUUUUGACCGCGAUCCGGGUCGUGCUGACCAUGCAAACGGCGAUGCCCCGGCUAAGAAGACUGCGGAUGCGAAUAACGCGACGAUGCCGUCCCGUAACUACGCCAUUAUCGACGAGUCGCAUGAGCCAGGCCAGCUCGCCGCAUCCACCCUCGCACCUGCCGAUGGCACUGUGGCUCCUGCUACAAAUGGAGCUACUGCAGACGUGUCCAACACGUUGGAGAAGAAGGCAAACACACGACAUGCGAUUCAUAACGGUGAGAAAGAUGCUGGCACGAAGCACCCUGCGGCAUCUGGACUGCAUCGCACGGGUCUGUGCGGCACAUACGGACUCGAUGUUACGUUGCGAGUAGAGAUCUCGCCCAAGGACCGUGAAGGCAAGACUGAGGGAUAUGGAUUCUCAGUGCCUGCGCUGGAUGCUAAGGGACAUGCGCAGCAGGGGACGCACUGGUAAUUGGAGGGACAGGGCUGAGAAUCGAUCGAGAACUGAACGAUGGAUGCAUGGGUUGCAUUUGCGAGUAAUAGGGAGAGCUUGUGAUGAGACGAGGGAGGCUAGAAGGAUCCUUCGUUCUGUGUAUAUGUUAAUUUGUCGUUGCUGGAUACCCUGGUAUAGCUUUUCGUUUGUGUAUGGUAUACAUGUAAUUCUUAUUUCUCCAUCGCAGACGACCCUUUACACCUCCCACCGUUGUGUCUUGUGGCAGUACAAAUGAUGAAUGUACAGACGGUCACACCUGCCAGACUCGUCAGUGUGCUGAUAAAUUGCCCUCCUCGUUUGCGUCAUCACUUCCUAAAGUGCUGUUGUGCCCCUUGGUGGAUACAGAUUCACAAGAACCUGCAUCCAUCGACUACAAUGACUGCACGCCAUUCUCCUCAUUUUCGUGACCAGAUACCUACCCUAUAGUCAUGGAUCUCCUUCUUUGUCCCGCCCUUCCGU